UUGAUUAGUAAAGAGGGUAACGAUCAGACAAUUGCUAAUCUCAUCAAUAACAUUUCACAAAGUUAUGAAGAACACAACACAGAGCAAGCUGAUAUGAAAUUGGCAUUAGUGACUCUUAAAACAAUGGAAAUAGCAAUUAAUAAUCCUGUAGAAUGCAAUGAAUCGCUACCUAUACCAGGAAAAGAUGAAGAAAAUUAUCUAUUUAAAUUAGCUUAUGCGAGAGCAACAUUUACAGAUUCGAACUGGCAGGUUUCGGAGAAUAUCUGCAAAAUUAGAACCGAACACAAAGACAAAAUUCUUGAAAAAAUCGAAGCUAACGACGAUGAAAAUGUUAGCUUGGGUGCGAUGAUUGCAUUGGGUGCUGAAAUAUUUGAUUCAGAAGUUACAAGAUACAUCAAGAUCAAAGGAAAGACAGAACUUGCAAAUAAUCAUGACGUGGAUGUUCAAAGGAAUUCUCAAGCUUGUUUCCAAAUUGAUCCUCCAAAGUUUAAUGUUACUGCCAAAUUAACAGCGAAAAUGAUUGAGUUUAUCGAUAAAGUUGAUCUUGAUAUCCAAGCAACACCUUCUCAAAAACCAGCUGACAAUUCACAAAAACCAUUGGAUACUCCACAAAAAAUUGCAGAAAAGGCAAUCAAAAAUUGCAUUAUUUUGUCAUUUUUAUCAAAAUUAUUUGAUGCUGUAUCUGACAAGAACAAAUUUGCUGAAAAAUUCCCGAAGAUGAAGGAAAUAUGCAAGAAGUUCAAAGAUACAGUAGUUCCAAAUUACACAAACUCCAAGUACUCUUACUUCAUCAGACAGCAGCUGAAAAGAGUUUGUGAAAAGAAUGGUAUUAAAGACAAAUUUAUUCCUUUGACACAUUGCGGUGAAUGCAAGGAUUCUAUGUUCAAUGGCAGUCCUGAUACAUCAUCAUUCUUCGUCCAUACGAAAAUGAUUGAUGUCAAUAAUGCUAUAGAAAUUUCAUUCACAGAUAUGAAGACUCAACUCAAAUAUAUUGGUUUCAUUUCUGAAAACUGGGAUUGCACAUUCCUCAGUUUGCUUGAUAGGAAUAUCUACAUGGAUAAGAAGUUUGUCCCUUACACAGGCUCAUUGUCAAAUAUAACUUUGUGGAUGGACAAUAACUACCUUUGUUUCGGAAAUGUCAAAAUCGACAGCGGUGAAACAAAGAAACGCUGGGCAUUUGUUAUCACAGUUUGCGAUGAUUCUCUUGUCGAAUACAAGUUUGUACAACCAAGGAGCACUUCACUUAAAGCUAAUGCACCUCCAACAAAGCAACAUAGAUUUGACCUCAAUAUGAUUUUCCCCAAAGUUUGUCUCGGAAUGCAAGUGAAAAUCGAAAACCAUUCUGAUGUAAAUAUAUCCAGAUUGGAAGCUAAUUACGGUUAUACUAUUACAGGCUGCAAUUUCGAAAACAGAUCAACAGAAACUUACAUUGUUCCUGCAAAUCAAAUCACAACACAAUACACCCCAUUUGACACCGUUAUGAUUUGCGCAGAAAUAGAAAACAGAAUCGGAGAUCCAACACAAUUAUUAAAUGAUUUGUUACAAACAUGUAAGAACUACUCGAUUUCAUUGAUCAAGACAAUGCUUCCUUAUUAUCUUCCAGAAAUUAAUAGCGAAAUGGCAUUGAAUAUGAUCACAAAAUUGUCUGACACAUCAUUAAAGCAAGAACUGGACCAAAUUAAAGCACUAAUGAAAGGAAAAGAAAACGAUAUCAAGGCCAAAUUAGAAAAUACUGUAAUGGAAGGCGAAAAAGAUCCAAAAUUCACUGCUGGCAGAGAUAUCAAUCAACUUUACAAUUCCACUUACGGUGCAUCACAGAUCGGUAUCUUCCAAGCAUGGAAUCACGGUAUUUUCUAUGAAAAGACAUUCGUACAAGGCCUUAAAUUGUUCUUCAAGUAUAAGAAAGUUUGCCUCGGUUUCAUUCCAAUGAUUCUUAAAACAUUCAAUAAGAAUCUUCCAAAUGAUUUGGAAUCAGCAAAGAUGAUCCUUAACUUCUUCAACAAUCCAACAUACGAGGGCUACUUCAGCAACAUGUCUGAAAAGGAUUACACAGAAUAUUUCAACAACUUAGUUACUUUUGUUUUCGAACGCGAUCCAAACAAUUGUCGCUAA